CCAUUGGGCUUGCUUUUGUGUAAUCGAAUUUGUUGCGAGCACAAAAAGAGCGACAGUAAUGUAUCUGGAAAACAUUGCAGUGCAGGGACUGUGCGGUUCAUUCGUUUAUUAGACUUGUCCUCCACCUGGUCUUGACUCCUCCACAAAUGCUGCAUGUAGAAGAAGCUGCUGAAUAACCUUGUGCUCUCACAGCAGCUGUUAACAAAUCCACGUACAGAGCCAAACUACACCCUCUCUACUUCACUGUGCUACACUCAUUCUAGCCUGCACUGCUCAGACAGACUCGAGAGGAACUAACACGGUUAUGACCAUGGACUUCUCUCCCGCUGUGCUUCCCACGCUGCUGCCCAAUCAGACGACUGAUAGCUGUGAGCCUGUAGACAACACAGAGGAGAAUCUCUUCUUUGGCCUCUACUACAUCAUAGUCUUUCUUCUCGCUCUGAAUGGCAACAGUCUUGCCCUGUGGAUCUUCUCACGUCAAAGAGGAGCCUCUUCCCCAGCUAAUGUGUUCUUGAUGCACCUUGCCAUAGCUGACCUUUCAUAUGUUAUUAUUUUGCCUCUAAGAGCCACAUACCACUUGACAGGAGGUCACUGGCCAUUUGGAGAAGUUCCUUGCCGUGUAGCUGGCUUCCUUUUCUAUGUAAACAUGUAUGCCAGUCUUUACUUCCUUGCUUGCGUAGCUGGUGAUAGAUACCUUGCUGUGGUUCAUGCUGUCAGCUCAUUGAAAGUCCGCCAUGCCCGCUUUGCCCACAUAACCAGUUUUGCUCUAUGGGCUCUGGUGAUUGUAGCCAUGGCUCCUCUGUUGGUCACCAAGCAGACUAUAGAAGCCAACGGCUCAACAGUGUGCUUGCAGUUGUAUAGAGAGAAAGCGUCCCGCCGAGCCUUAGUCUCGCUCAUUGUUGCAUUCACGCCUCCUUUCCUGACAACACUUUCCUGCUACCUGCUGAUAGUGAACAGUCUGAGGAAGGGUUUGAGGAUGGAACCGGUGCUGAAGGUGCGAGCAUUGCGUACAAUCGGCCUUGUCAUGCUCAUCUAUGUGGUGUGCUUCCUGCCAUAUCACGUGAGCCGGGCCACAUUUAUCCUGGGUUAUGGACAUCCAGAUCUGUCUUGCCAAUCACAACGAGGCCUAGCCCUGGCUAAUCGUCUCACCUCCUCUCUCACCUGUCUGAACGGAGCUCUGGAUCCACUGGUCUACCUUUUUGGAGCAGAGAAAUUCAGAGGCACUGUGCAAAGACUCCUGUGCAGGGAUAAAUCAGGUGGAUCUGCAGCUACCAGUGGAGAUCUUAAAGGGACCCAUGAGAGUUCCCUGAGUGCAAAAUCAGAGCUUUGAGAAAACAGCAUUUUUUCAGUCACCUAAAGGCCAUAAAGGCUAUAUAUCAUGUUUGGUCAAUUUAAUACCGUGUUGGUCUUCAUAUAAUGAAGUACACAGACGAUGGGUUUGGGGUGUGUAGACAUUUGAACAUAAUUAAAAGUCUUGGCUGGCUGGUAUGUGAUUUUCUUAACCGGAGGUGAAAAGGGGAAGUUAUGCAAAUGCCAAAGACAUCAGUCAGUUGAUUUAGUCUUAUGGUUAGUCUGAGAGUACCUGAGCCUAAAAAAGGAAAUGUUUGCUAAAUAUUUGUCAUAAUUUGAUACCAUUCUGACCACUAAAAGCAAAUUUACAAAUUAACAUCCAGGGUCCAACAUCAUGCCCAGUUUUCCUGGUAAAGGUUCUGGAUUCACUGUACUACUGAGCAGUAGUUAGAAGUAAUAGUAGAAGCUUUCUGAAAGGAAAUGAGUGAAUAAAAGUAACAGAUGAGAGCGAUCAGAGGACACACUUCAUCCAACUUUUCAUUUGUUUUACUAACAACUAAAGGUUCUAAAGUUCAACUGAAUCACCUAUUUGAAGUUCAGCAAAAAAGACACAUUUUUGAGUGUGUAGUUUCACAGACAUUACAUAUUUAAAUUGCAUUUAUUGGACUUAACACAUUUGAUUAAUGGCAUAGAAAUGUUUCUAAUUAACAGACACUCAAAAACCAAGUGUGGGAGAAAAACUCCACAAAUAUAGCCAAUUUGUUUAAAUUAAUAUUAGUAAUUUUUUUUAUCUGUUUGCCAAUGUUUAACAUACAGUCAUGUGUCAUGUUUAAAAAAUCAUCACUAAGCAAAGUAUGUUGCAAUGCUAUAACAGAUGCUUUUGAGAAUAAUUAAAUGCAUAUACUGAGCUUCAUUUUAUCUGAGCCAAUAUAAAUGUUCAGAUUUUUUUUUUUUUUUUUUGCAAUAAUGUUGUACUCCAGCAAGCUUUUUAUACUCUGCAAUACUUAUGUGGCCAUGCAAUUCACAUAUGCAUUGCAUUGCAAUACCUCUUUUUCUGUGAUAUAUUUAAUCACUCUGAUGUGCUAAUUUCUUUAUCAGUGACUAUGAAGAACAUAUGAAGCUAUUUAUUAUUCAGUUUAUUUGGAUGUGAUGUUUUAUCACUUAUAUUACUCGAUUUCCAUGUUGCUGUAUAAAGUGUGCUAGAUGCACCAUUUUAUAAUCAUGUGUAAAUUAAACUCUUUGCUAUUUUUAA